CGGACAUUUGAGACUGAGAGACAUUAUGAUGAAACUUUGGGUGAACUUUGCUGCAUUGGGGAAUCCCACACCUGAUGAGUCUCUUGGGUUCAUCUGGCGACCUGCCACUGCUGAUGAAUUACAACACCUGUCCCUCACACCUACACCUGCAAUGAAGGGCGACACCAGGAGGGAGAUCAUUGUUCGCCACAGUAAAGAUCAGUGGCUUCACCCGAGUCAAAUCAGCCACUACAUAAAAAUUAGAAAAUACAUAGAUUCAUGGCAAAGCAUGAAAAAAACUGGCAUAUGGAAAUCUGCUUGGAAUUUUGUGGUUGAAGGUAGCUGUUACAGUCAAGUAUGCAGCAUAUGAAAUUGUAUGACAGGUGGUUUCACAUAGUUAAGAGUGUCAUAAUGACCUUGACCUCAGGAUGGAAAGAUGCUGGAGAGAAAAAGAUCCAACACCUGCAUUCAGCUUAUUCAGUGGAUUGUUUGAUUAUAUAUCCGUAACAACACAUUGGAUAUAGAUAAAUGCAUUGAUCUGAAGUUCCCUUUCACUGGUGGUAAAACAGUGUGAUCAGCAAACAAGCUUGCGACCACUGCCUAACCCACUCUAUUCUCUUAAGCCUUGCACUAACAUUUCCAACUCUGCAUUAAUCUCUCUCAUGCAUCCAUACAAUAAAAUACUGAAUCACCAUGGAAUCAUCAAACUUCCCUACCUCAUUCGCAUUCGUCACUCCUCUCCUGCUCCUGUAACAAAACUCUCACCAAGCUUUCUCUCCAUCCUCACACAGGCACUUGCUGUCAUAUAAAAUGCCAAUGACUAUCCUACAACUUAGAUUUUGAAAACAUUCUACAGCUUCUCUCUCAAUUCUAUUAUACACUUUUUUUUUUUUUUAGAUCUAUGAAGGCUGCAUGCAAUGUCUUGCCUUUUCCUAAAUACUCUUCUUUUAAGAUUCUAGUUGAAUAGGUCUUAUCUGUACUGCCUUUUCCUCUCUUAAAUCCUCCUCCUUCCUCACAAAUCUACGACCAAUGCUACAGUGAACAUAGAAACACACCCAUGUAUUGUUCCCUUCCUCCUUCAUAAACCUUUGUGUAAGGAAAGUAGGUCUGCAGGCUUGUGUUAAAAACCUCUGCACCAGGAUCCAUGAAUUGAGAUGCAUAAAUUUAAAACUGCCUCUCAAAUUAGCAUAUGUUUGAAUUUUUCAACCCAGUGUUUUUGUUAAUUUCUCAUGGAUUUCACAAUGUGUAGAAAACAUACAGGUACCAAAACAAUAGUAAAUCAUAGAUCUUUACAAAACUUGGCACAGCAAUAAGGAAAUAUGUAUAUUGAAAGGACUGAAGGUCAGAACAGUGCAAGAUUUAAGGCUGGCGGAGAGAAAGAAUUUCUGCUUCCUUGGAAACAGCCUGGGAGGCCUAGAAAAGUGUCCAGCAGAACCAUGAGUGUGAUAAGGCAAGAACUUGAAGCCAAUCCCAAAUCAGCAACAAAGGAACUGGCAGAGAGAAACCAUUCUCUCUGUCACUAUGUACAGUGCAAGAUACUGUGAGGUGUUACCUUCAAUUAAAAUACUAUCAUGGAUAGAAGAACCCUCUGAUAAAUGAGCACCGGAGAAAAAUUAGGCUUCUUUUUCACUAAGAAGUACAAAGACUGUUGUCUCGAAAAGUGGCAGACUGUACUUUGGAGUGAUGAAAGCACAUCCUGUGUAAGUGGUGGAGACAGCAAAAAAGUAUACCAUCGCCCUGGCUCUGACCCUAAAGAGCCAUGCUUCACAUGCAGGGCUACAAAGCAUCCUCCCAGUCUCAUGGUGUGAGGUUACUUUUCCUUUUGUGGUUUUAAGAGCCUGGGUGUGUUUCCAAGGAACACAACUGUUAACAAACAGGUGUAUUUUGAACUACAAAGCAUACCUUCUCAAAAACAGGCCUGGAGGCCUGUUUUGAGAAGGUAUGCACUCAUCUUCCAGUAGGAUGGAACAUCAUGCCACACAGCCCCAUGACCUGACUCACUUGCUUGAUGACAUUGGCACUGAGAGGAUAGAGAACUGGCCAAGUAAUUCCCCCAAUAUUUCUUCCAUUGAAAAUCUCUGGGCCAUCAUUAAAGGCAAAUUACAUUCACAAGACACCUUCACAUUCUCCAGACUUGAAAUGAAGAUACAAAGAUGUCGAGAGGAAUUUAAGUCUGAGACUGCAAAAUUUUCCUGAUAGUGUACCAUGUCAUCUUAAGAUGGUCAUCAAGAGGAGGGGCUAUGCAAUAAAAUGCUAAGAAACUUAUGUAAGUAUUCAUAUUAUUGUUUAAACAACAAGUCACUGAAGGCAUGCAUAGAUUUUUGCAUCAAGUAUAUGAAUAGAGGUGGUUUGUUACUUUUGUAUGUAAAAAGACUGAGUUGUGUGUUAUAAAGAUGAGAAUAAAGGAUAAUAAAUUAUUUAUAUCACCUUGUCUACAGCCAGUGUCUAUAAGUGAUUAAGUGAAAUCAUGAGGUCAGGUGACAUUAUUAUUUUCAAGUAUCUUUGUAAGAUACUUACACCAAAGUUUUUAUUUGGUUAAAUCAGUCAAGGUCUAAUCAUGGAAAAGGCAUUACAUCCUGUGCACUCAACCAUAUGCCCUCCUUUCACUGGAGUGCAUAGCUUUAUAUAUGACCAAACUGAUUUAAAGUUUUCAAUUAUUAUUGUUCUGUGCAGGGGAUACUUUGUUUUAUUGUGGUAUCCACAAUAACCUUCCUGCAAAAAGGCAAGUGCUUUUGAGUGAAAAAGAGGUGCAAUUAGUACUUCAAGAAGUUCAUGGGAAAGAGUGGCACUUGGGAAUAAAGAAGAGUUGGGAUUAUACCAACCACCACUAUUACUGGUUGACAAUAUCCCAUAGCAUUCAAGAAUUGUUAAGUUUAAUUUUCGAUUUGUAUUACAAAUCUAGAGAAAGGCUGGUGAGUUUGAGAGGGAAUGUAAUUAUAAUACUGCUUGUAGAUCUCAAUCCUGGAGUUUGGAUGCUAAUAGUUGGUGGUGUAGUUUGUGUGCAUGGUGUGCCUAGAAAAUAUAAACAUGGAAAAAAAUUAUACAUGACAUGCAAUGAGCAACAGUUGGUGAUUGUAAUUUCUAUAGACUUUUGUUUCAGUGUAAAUAUAUUUCAUAAGGUUUAGUGUAUCUAAGUGCAAAUAUAUUUCAUAAGGUUUGGUCUGUGCAAACAACACAGUGGUAGCAGGCAGCACUUGGGGAUCAAACCUGGGACCUUCCACUUGCCAGGCAGAUGUGCUAACCAUUGCACUACCAUCGCCUCCUGGUGACAAUCCUCACAGGCAUGAAGGCCCAUUCCACUCUAUUCAGUUUUUUUUGCAAAAAUUUAGUUUCAUAUAUACUUUCUAUGUAUAUUCACUGUGUUUGUGAAAUCUGUAUAAUAAAUAUACUGACCACUUCCUGUAUAUGAGAAAAUUGAGAGUACACUUUGAAGAUUGGAAGCAAAACAAGCUGAGAGAAAAGUUUCGAAAAGAUAUUUGGCAAAAGAGAAACUGACAAGUAUCAAAAGUUGGAUGAUUUAUGGGAUGCAGUGAAGAUGAGUCCGAAAAUUGUGAAGAUCUGCAGAUUUCUUUGUAUAGUGUGAAUACUCACUUAGUUUAGCAAUUAUAAAAUAUGUGCCAUUUUUGUGAUUUUCAAAUAAACACCUGUCCUAAG